AUGGCGCUGUUCGGAGACACGCUGUCCGAUCUGGAGGACGACGGACCCCCAGUCUCGACUCCGCCACCGCGCGACAGCACCACCGCCACGGCCCCGGGGAGGGCCGCCACAACCUCUCCGAGCAUCACAGACCAACCGAUGAGCCCAGAACCAGGAGGCCAAGACGCGGACACGACCAGGCCGGUCUCAGUCAGCAGCGAGAGCACCACACAGCAAAAGGAACGGCGCACCGCAGUCACCACCGGUAGCCAGCCAGCCACCGUUACCCCGGCCGUAGACACAGGCCGAGAACCAGUCACCACCACAGACGACAUCGCCACUCCAACACCAGGAAGCUCAACGAACCGAGCCGCCUUGCGCCCGGACCGACCACCCAUACCGAUUCGAGUGCGCGAUGACCUGAACCGUGUACGUACCGUAUUACGCGGCCACGGUUUCGCGGGUGUAUAA